AUGACGACAGAAGAGAAGACGAAAGAAGAAGAAGAAAUCGUCCCGACGAAAACCGCAGGCGCGAUCUUAUUCUGCGGAUGCACGGAUUUCAAGAACGUCGGACGGACGAAACAAAUCGACGAAUCGGUGUUUGCGAACGUGAACGUCCCUUCGAAAAUUUCCACGUUUGAGAAUGAAAAUGAUUUGGAGUUUACAUUCAUCGCGUCCGGUUCCGCGGCGGCACACAACGUGGCCAUCGAUACGAAAGGGAGGUUAUGGGCGUGGGGGAGGAACGAGAACGGGCAGUUAGGGACCGGGGAUAAAGAUAACAGGAACGCGCCGAGUGUGGUGAAAGGGAUUCACUUUGGCGAGAAUGCAGACGGCGAGGGCGAGGAGGCGGUGAAAAUCGUUUGGGCGGCGUGCGGGAAGAACCACACGAUUGCGAUAGAUUCAGAAGGUGGUUUUUACGCGUGCGGGUCGAAUAAGUCUGGCCAACUCGGGGUUCCCAUCACGUGGUCGAGGCAGAAGAAGAACGUGGACGACGAACGCGUGGAGUUUGUGAAGAGCGCGAGCGCGACGCAGGCGAAGUUCGUGAAAGCCACGUGCGGGGUGGAUUUUACCGUGUUGACCGACGCGGAUGGGAAGAUGUGGUCGUUUGGAUGCCCACAAUACGGACAGCUAGGCCACGGGGACGAUCACGAGUACAACAUGAAGGAAGGCACGGUGAAGUUGGCGUACGAGCCGCAACCGACGCCGAAGAUGAUUAGGAGCGGAGAUUUGAACGCGGAGAAGGAUUAUAAAGUCGUCAAAGUGUGCUGCGGACACAAUCACGUGGCGUGCUUUUGCGAGGACGGGAAACUUUACACGUGGGGGAACGGUGGUUACGGCAGGUUAGGCCAUCGCGUGCAAAAAGACGAGUUUUCACCGAAAAUGGUAGAAGUUCAAGGGGGCGAUAGAAACUUGAUCCCGAAAGACGCCAUUUUGGCGUGCGGGAGUACCGCGACGCACUUUUCCGCGUGCAUGGGCCAGUUAUACGCGUUCGGAAAGUUGAAAGUGAGCGGCGAUAACACGAUGUACCCAAUGCCGCAGAUGGAUUUACAAGGUUGGGUGUUGAGAGAUUUCGCGAGUGGCGCGGUGACCUUCGCGACGUGCCAAGACGAGAUGACCGUGACGUGGGGCGCCGGCGGGUACGGCGAAUUAGGCUACGGGCCAGAAGGAAAAAAAUCGAGCGCGUGCCCGGAUGUGGUGCCGUCAUUGCAAGGGAAGAGAACGAUUAUGGUCGCGUGUGGGUUAGGACAGACGCUGUUUUUGGUGAAGAGCGAAGACGUGAAGGAAGGCGUGCCGGUGUUCGAGCCGUUGCCGGAAACGAAAGGCGGAGAGAAGAAGAAACAAGGCGCGCAUUUGAUCAAACCAGGGGGUGCGAAGAAAGCGAAGAAGUAA